AUGUCAUUAGAUUUGAAGAUGCAAGAUAAAUUUACUUGGGUUUUGGAAAAGUUCUCAUCUUUGAAAGAUCAGUGCUACUCUCCCGUCUUCACGGUCGCCGGCUGCAAUUGGCGUCUUCUUUCUUUUCUCAAAGGAGCUAAGAAUGAUCGUUACUUUUCCGUGUAUCUUGAUCUUGAGCCUGGAUCUUUGCCACCAGGAUGGAGAAGAGAAGUGAAAUUUAGCAUUACUCUUGACAAUGUUUGCCCUAAUACCGACAGAGUAUUAGGAGGGCCAUGCUUUUUCGAUGCAAAGAGUAACAUUUGGGGUUUUCAAGAUUUCUUGCUCCUUGAAAAACUUGUUAAUAUAGCUGAAGGAUUUUUGGUGAAUGACAGACUCACUAUCGUCGCUGAAGUAGAUGUUUUACCUUCUAUUGUUGUGCCAUUGGAACCUGUGAAGAUUAUUUCAUCUCAAGAGAAGUUAGAUGAUGAUGAUGAUGAUUGUGACGACGCAUCUGAAGAGAGUUCGGAUGAUGGAGAUGCAUCCCAGGAGUAUACUGAUGAUAAUGAUGAUGAAGUUUGUGACAUAAGUCGUUUGAACCUAGUGAAUGCCAUAGAGAAUGCUUUUUAUACGAGUAUUAGAAGUUGUAAUAGUUUGGUGGCUGAGACUGAGGUUUCCAAUGAUGAAAAUGAUGAUGCACCUAAAAAAGAUGUUGAUGAUGAGGCUUCAUCUCUUGUUUUGAAUGAUAGUGCUAGAAACGGAAGUAGUAUAGAACAAGUGAAAAAGACGAGGCUUCAUCUCGUGUUGGAGGAUGCCUCUCGUGGUAGGGAUCCUAACACCGUGGCAUGUGUUACGGAGACUUGUGAUUAUGUGCUUAUGGAGAUUCAAUCAGAUAAGGAAACAGUGGAUAUCAAUGGGUUUGUGGUUGUUUCUUCCAAGGCGGAAUCUGUGAGACGUAUACUCGAAAGACACCCAGACAUAUCAGUGGAGUUUCGUGGAAAGAACCAACAACUGAGGAACGCAUGUAUGAAUUUCCUGCUCAGCUUAAUCGAAACGAUGUGCCAGUCACUGGAGGAGCUCUCGAAUGAAGAUCUUGUGGAAGCAGACGUAGCGUUGACAUACUUGAGAGAUGCAGGGUUUAAGGUUGAUUGGUUGGAGAAGAAGCUGGACCAACUAAAGGAAAAGAAGGAGGAAGAGAUGUCUGGUUUGGCCAGGCUCCAUGAGAUAGAGGAAAAUCUAGUGAUAUUGAAGCAAAAGUGGUCAGACCUGGGUGCUCUUGCGGAGAAGGAGAAGGCAGACUUUGUGGCAUCUAAGACUGAGGUUUCUAACAAUGAAAAUGAUUAUGCAAAUAAAGAAGAUGUCGAUGAUGAGGCUUCAUCUCUUGUUUGGACUGACAGUGCUAGAGACACAAAAACUGGUGGUAAGGCGUUUAACAAUGUGGCAUCUGUUGCAGAGACUUCAAAUAAUGUGCUUACAGAGAUUCCACCAGCAAAGGAAACUACGGAUGUCAAUGGGUUUGAGGUUUUUAUGUCCCAGACAAAGCUGGAUGAGGUCUCUCGGAAGAAGAAGAUGGAGCAGGGUAGUGGGCCCCGGCUACAAACAAUGGAGGAACGGUUGCAGAAGCUGAAGCUUUUGUUCGUGGAUCUUGAAUCUCAGCUGCAGAAGGAAAAAGUGGAGGCUUUGGUUGCGAGAGCUCCUCUCUCAUUCAACGAUGGUGUUUGCAGAUUUUCAGGAUUUUGUGGCUUUGUAGGUGAAUCUUUGUUUUCUUAUGCCUGGAAGCAAGGCCCAAGUUUGUAUUCUUUGAGUUUUAUGUCGAAUGGGACUGAGUAG